AUGGACGAGAUGAUUGUCUCAGCGAAAAAAGAGGUGCUUAUUGAAAUGGUGAAAUUGGCACAAAAGCGAGGAAUGUUGGGUAGUAAAGGAGGCUGGAAAGAUUUUCUAAAAUUUUAUGACAAGAAGUUUGGCACAAGCUUGAGUGACCCUGCUCGACGGUCCGUUGAGUCAUUGGUGGCAUUUUUGAAAACUUUUAGCCAAGAGAAUGAUUUGAAGUUUUUCAAUAAAGUGUUGCAAUGUCACUUGAACCGUGAGGCUGCGGAGAAAUUUAAAAUGACGUCGCCAGAUAACGAAACACCUGAACAGAAGCUGGUCAGUUUGACUUUAAGGCAUCCUCAGUACCCAAUUGAUUACUCUUUACCAUCAUAUGAUGAGGAUUGGUUGGUCGUUAAGUGCAGUAAAAAGUCCAUGGCCAUGAAGUCAACAAUAAUGGUUGCCAUUGAUUGUGAGAUGGUUCUCUGUGAAGAUGGCACCGAAGCUUUAGUGAGGGUAUGCGCUGUAGACCGCAAUUUACAGGUUAAACUUGAUGCAUUUGUGAACCCCAAUAAAGCAAUUGCAGAUUAUCGAACCGAGAUAACUGGAAUCUCUGCAAAAGAUUUAGAUGGAGUAACUUGUUCAAUGGCAGAUGUACAGAAAUCAAUGAAGAAGUUGUUAUCACAUGGAACAAUUUUAGUUGGCCACAGUCUGAGCAAUGAUCUUCAAGCACUGAAGAUAGAUUACACUAGAGUAAUCGACACAUCUUACGUCUUCAAAUAUUCGAAUAGACCUGCUAACAAAAAGCCUUCAUUGAGUUCGUUGUGCAAGGCUGUGUUAGGUUAUGAGCUUCGGAAAGAGGGGAGUCCACAUAACUGUCUAGACGAUGCCUGUGCUGCAAUGAAACUUGUUCUAGCUAGAUUUGAGCAUGCAGCUGAUGGUGUUAUUCCCGAGGAGGUGAAAGAUGUAGAUACAGCCAAACUGCUGCUUCACAGGAUUCCGAUUAAUAUUUCUGCCAAGGAUUUAAAGAUUAUUAUUCCGGGAAACUUUGAGAUUGAAGUGAAGACAGGCAAAAAAGUUCGAGAUAUAUAUUCUGCAUUUGCGAUUUUUGAAAAUCAGCAAGAAGCCAGUGAAACAUUUGAUAAUCUUCAAGGUGACCUAGAGAAGGACUCCUCUGGACGACCGCAGAAACGAUUCACCUUUGAGCUCAGUACAGGGAUGCCGGCUAGUUUUUAUGUUUGUAAGAUGGCCCAUGAUGAUUCUGUUGGUCAAAAUACUGCAACGAAUAAGAGGUCCUUUGAAGAUGAGAACAACUUGAGCACACGGAAGAAGUCAAGGAAAGAUCAGAUUUGUGAACAGCCUGAGGAGCUGGAUUCAAGCUCAAAUCAGUCGGAAGAGAUUGGAAGAUUGAAGCAAGAGCUAAGACAAAGAGAUGAGGAAAUAUCAAACUUGAACAAAAUAAUAGUCGCACUUGCUAGGAAACAAGGAUUACUCUGA